UCGGUUUGCUGUUGGUGAUUAGUUGCUUCUUUCCACACACACCCCUCAAGUUCAAGGCUUAUUUUGUACCAAACUUACAACUGAGUUAGUCGUUGAUUACACCCCGGCCAGUUUGGACGCAGCUUAAAACUAGUGGUAGAAAUUGCUAGACCAUGUCGAAGAUUAGCAACUGCUGAAAAAGGAUCAAACUUUUCGAAAACCAAAAAGUGUCUGUGCGGUUCCAUCCGGAAUAUUGAUCAAUGGUGACAAAUAGAACGAAAAAACAAAGAGAAAAACCGAUAGAGAACUAAGUUGACCAACGAUUGAAUUUCACUGCAGAAAAACCAUUUGUACAAACAAACACCGACUGCAUUCAACGUGUAAGAUAUCAAAGGAAAAUGGGCCGCCUUUUCGCAGUGUUCUUGCUGUAUGCCAUUUUCAAUGUGCCGACGUUGACUGCUCACCAGCUUGACAUACAGGUUGGCAUUGAUCCAAACCGACCAUUAGCCUUGUAUGAGGGUCCAAAAACAUAUCGCCGUGAUGCGCGUGGUCGACCUUUCAAAUCUAUCAUCCUGACUUCGUCCAAGUUAUUCGGUAUUGGUAGCAAUUUGCUGCGGGAUAGCUCAACAUCUUCUUCGACUACCUCGACGACAACAACGAUUCCACCACUACCUCCACGAAGUCCACUAAAUGUUGACCAACGGCUUAAACCAUUCAUCGUUACGUCGAGACCUUUCGGUUUUGCCAACCCUGCUAGCAACUUAUUGCGUGAAAGCACGACAACUUCCACAACGACUCCUUCGCCACUAGUUGAUAAAGCCACACCAACAAUUCCGUUUUUCAGCAUAUCGUGUACUGUGGGCAGUUCUUGCUCGCAGAUCAUUUCAGCACGCCAGACCCAAACGGCAAAGCCAACUUUCAAACCUUAUACAAAAGAAGAAAUAGAUAAAUUCAGAGGCGGUUUAGGCUCUCGCUUCCCACCCAAGCUGGGAUCUUCUUCCGUGAAUUUUCAAAGACCAAACGUCAGCACAACUGAAAAACCAUCAACUGAAAAGUUAAACAGUUUGUGGAGAAUUAGAACAACAUUGCCACCAAUCCCUACCAUCACAUCUUCCACAACAACGACUAGGCCAAAUCCAGUCAAAAGUAAACCGGUCGAUAAUUGGAGCAGUGGAUGGAAAUGGCCAACCCAGAUCGAAAGCGCUGCAUCCGAGGGUCAUAAACAAGAUGAAAUCGAAUCGAGCAACCAACGGGUGGAAUCAGGGACGUCGAAGUGGGCUGUGGUUAAGCCAUCCCCUCAAGGUUUCCAAAAAAAUCAGACAGUCUUCUCUGGACAUCCUGUUCGAACGAAUAUUUUUAGCGCAAAUCCAUAUUCUGCGAAAGAAAAACAUGACAAUGUUAAAGGCAGUUCUGUUAUUCAUAGGCCAGAAGGAAACAUGAAAAUACCAGACACAGCUGGAAGUAAUCAUGCAAGCUGGCUUUCGUUGCUGGCUGCGUCGCUAAGUGUCUUGCAUAACCAGAAUCAUUCGAAACGACCAAACUCGCAUCUCCAAGAAACCAGGACUCCUCCUCCUCCUCUUCCUCAUUCAGCACCUUUUCCAAUGAAAACUACUAGUAGACCGUUCAAACUACGACCGGGUUCAUCUGUUGCCCCAGUUGAACAAGAUAGGUGGCAUUCAUUAGCUUUGACCAAUAAAGAAGAGGAAAAUUCCUUGAUUGAGUCAAAAAAUCCAUCAGCAGUGGUAGGAUAUUCCAUCUCGUUGCCGGAGAAUGAGGAGAAUUAUCGCCAUCAUGAAGUCAUUUCCAGCAAAGGAAAUAAGAUUUCACUAAUCACAGGAGCACUGAAUCGUAAUAAGCAAACACAGAAUUCUGUGAAGGCAGUACAAAGCAACCAACACAAAGUUAACAGCGCUAAUCUUCCACCUGAGGUUUCGGUAUCGAGCCACGUAAUAGGAUUGCGAAUCAAACCCAAAUCACUUGGAGGAAACGCUUUUAUCGAACACGUACAAGGGACGGCUUUGGAAACCGAUGGAGAGAAUGUUAACCUGAGCGAUCUAAUAAUGAAACAUGAUCUUCCCCAACGUCCAGCUCGGUUUUUACCGCACAGACAACGCAGCUUCGUUACGUUUGAUGAAAAAUCUGGAUGGCGGCCGGUACGCUUUCCUAACGCUUAAGUAUUACACGUUGAAAUUAAUCAUUUGGAAUUUUCUUUUUAAACGAUGCGAUAAUUUUAUAUGGGCUAUAUGUGGUUUUAUCCGUUUACUAUGUCUACCUGCCGGUCAGAAAAUAUACAAUUGGUCGAGAACCAACAAUAUA